AUGAGGCGGCAGGGGUGUGAAACACAGAGCUUUUUGCACUCUCCGGCAGCUGGUGCGCCACCUAACAGCCUCUCCCUCGGCUUCAGUCGCUUCGCCAAUGCCCCCCGCACCCCCCUUAGGCCUGAAGCCGCCAAUGCAAUGCUUAAUCCCCAGUGGGAGCUGCCAACACGGGCAGAUCACCCUUUAGCACCCAAGGUUGAACCGCCUGCUGCCCUACUCGAGCGUGCUGGCGUCCCCCCAGCCGUUUCUCUCCUCCCCCGGGGUUUAUCGGAGAUUGAUGGAACGCAUGCGGAGGCAGCACCAGCGCGAGAAAGGAAGACUUCGCCCGUCCCUUCUAGAGCGCCAGGGCAGCAAGCCGGCUGCCUCCUUUCUCUUAUAGGUAGACCAAAAAACAAGGUUCGACGAAGAUCAGCUGCAGCACUAUCUGCAGGAGCUGCAGCGACGCCCUUCGGCGGCACAAGCCUCGUACCGCUCAAGGUUAGGGAGAGUUUGCAGUCAGCCUUGGGGGGGUGGCAGCAGGUUCCGCUCAGCCUGCCCAUGCCCCUCUCCCUGGCGCCUAGUUCGUAUUCUUCACGCCUGAAGGCGGCAGCCAAAGCAGCCAUAGCCGCGGCAGAGGCAGGCAGCUCUACGAGGUAUCAUUUAGACAAUGCAGUGUUGCUAUUGCAGCUAGCAUUCGACCUGCAGCAAGGCUCCGUGUUGCUGCCAACCCUCCACAUUGCGGCUUCGGAGAAAAGCCCAGCCGCUUUGCAGCCCUGUGGGGCCCUCCUCUGCAGCAGCAGCCGAUGUGGCUGCAGAGCUUUCACGACUUCGGCAGCAGUUGGUGCUGCCGCUGCUCCGCAUAUGGGAGCUCCUCCGGAUAUUCAGGUGUGUGAAAGCUGCUGCUGCUGCUGCGCGUACGCCUCCUCCACGGAGGUCGUUCUCGCACGGCUGCCUGUCAUUGCUCCUGAAGAGCUCCAGCAGCUGCAUGCCGCCGCUGUGCAGCUCUACGGGGACAGGGCAGGGCCCCCCCUUUGGCAGCAGCAGCUGCAGUUCAGCAGAGAGAGCGCAAGGCAAAGCGGCCCACUGCCGCAGCUGCAGCGCUCGCAGCAUCAGGUGGCUAACUCAGCGCAAACCCUUGGAGGAGGAGAGGCGCGCGAGAAGCGCUCGGAGCAGCCAGAGCACAAGCAUAAACAGCAGCAACGCAAGGGCCCCACGGGGUCUUCUGGGCAUCAUUAUCAUCAUCAGCGACGACACUUCAUCGAGAAUCCUCGUCGGAACCCCGCAGCGCCUGCUGCCAAUUCAGCAGCUGCCGCUGCAACUUGCGGCGAGAGAGCGGGAGGCAGACACCGAAAAAAGCCCAGCAAAUCUCGCCGCACACCCCCAGCUGCAGAGACUCAAGCUCGCUGCAACAGAAUACCAGCGGCAGUUCCCGAACAAGCCGCGGCAACGCGCCAUGCGGUUUCUGCCGCCGCUUCAUCCCGCCGCAAGGCCUUUAGGGGGCUUUGUGCAGCCUUAGGAUUCAUGGCAGGGGCCCUCCUACAAGAGAAAGCCACCACCAGCGCACCAGGAGCAGCCACAGGGAGCUCCAAAGACGGGAAGCCCGAGAGCGACAGCUGCCGCAGCAGUAAAGGUGCAACUAGUGGCUGCCCACGCAACGCUGCAGCGAGCUGCAAGCCGGAUGCCUUGCGGGCAGACAGCAGCAGCAGCAGCAGCACACUGGAGCUACCGACAAUGGUCGCCAGACCCAGUCGGUCUAUUCCAGGAACAGAUCAGCGCUGUAGUAAAGAAAGCCUCAGGGGCCCCCGGGGCCCUCCCGGAGUCAGUGGCGCCGAGGGGCCCUCGUGGGCCCCUGGGGGCCUCCCCACACCAGAGGGCGCAGCGUUGUAG